UUUUACGCGCCUCACCGUGAACUUUCACUCAUUUGCACGUUGCACUCGCUCGCAGCAAAGCUCUCAACUUUACUUUACGAUUUCGCUACUUCCAGUUCCAUUGGCACUCUUGUUUCUUCUUUUGAGGAAGUUAAGUUCACUGGUUCAAGUAUUUUGGGAUCCACAAGGUGGGGACGUAAAGGAUUGGGAUUUCGAUGGAGACUGACAGACCUGACGGCCGGACUCCCAAUCAACUGAGACCCCUGGCCUGCUCCUGCUCUAUCCUGCAUCGCGCCCAUGGCUCGGCCAGUUGGGCUCAAGGAGAAACCAAAGUGCUUGCUGCCGUUUAUGGACCCAAGGCGGGGACCAAGAAGAAUGAAAACCCCGAAAAAGCAUCUAUUGAAGUUAUUUGGAAACCCAAGACUGGACAAAUUGGAAAAUUGGAGAAGGAGUAUGAGAUGAUAUUGAAGAGAACUUUGGAGAGCAUUUGCAUUCGAACGAUAUAUCCCAACACCACCACUUCGGUUAUAGUCCAGGUUGUACACGAUGAUGGUGCUCUUCUUCCAUGUGCAAUAAAUGCAGCAUGCACUGCACUUGUGGAUGCUGGAAUACCCCUAAAACAUCUUGCUGUGGCGAUAUGUUGUUCUGUAACAGAUAGUGGCUGUAUUAUAUUGGACCCAACCAAAGAGGAAGAGGAGAAAAUGAAAGCAUACAUCAAUUUAGUUUUUCCAAAUACAAUUGUUUCAGUCCUCCCAGAGAGAUCAUCGCAGGUGGGUAGUGAGCCUAUGGCACAUGGAAUCAUGACAUCUGUUACACAGGGUGCUAUGUCAGUGGAUGAUUAUCUUCACUGCCUAGAUCGAGGGCGUGCUGCUAGUGCAAGAUUGUCGGAAUUUGUGAGGAAGAACAUAGGGCCGAAAUCUACAUGUGAGGCAUCUAAAGCCGGGUGAUUUUCCAUUCAUUUUGGAUGGAUGUAGUUUACAUAUUUGUCUGUUUUUUGCCUGCAAGGGUUGGGGAGGAUGGGAUUUCUCUGCAGGUAGUGUCGCAUAUCUGUCCCAUUCAUGAAAAUUAUUGUUGGUCGAUAAUAAAUUUGCCAAAGCCAAACUGACCUCCUGGUUUGGUUAGUUCUUUAGUAGAAGACUAUUUGUUAAUAUAUUUGUGCAUUUGAUUACACAAAAAUGUUACUAAAAAUUAUUUGAUUUUUAUAAUAUAUUUCGGUCAUAAAUUAUUUUUUCAUUGAA